UUCAAAUUUGAACUUGUAGAUCAUAGCUCAAGCAGUUAAAAUACCUGAACAUAUAUGACCUAGACAUUGAUUUAGGGCCCCUCUUUCUCUGUCUUUCUAUAUCUGACCGACCUUAAUAAGUUACCCUAAUCUUCCUCUCUCCUUUAUGCUUCUGUCCAGUCCCAAAACUGACAGAUAUGAUUUGUCUGUCUCAUUUAAUUCACCAGAAAAUUCAUCAUCAUCUUUGCCAUUUGCAAUUGCAGACCACAUAUGUGUUCAAUCUCAGCCUCUGCUGCAACAUAGAGAUUUCUGAUGGCUUCCACUACAACAAAACCAGUUAAACAACUUGGAGAGCUUCUCCAAGAGCAGCAAGAACCCUUUGUCCUAGAUGUUUACCUAUUUGAAAGAGGGUGUCUGAGAAAGAGCUUGAGUUCAAGCAAUAGCAUUAAUUCAAGCAAGAGUUUAAAGAGGUCAUCUAGUUGUGGACCAAUCAAGAGCAAAAAGGGUACUCCUAGCUUCUCCAAGAUACUGAGAUCUGUCUAUAACAAGCUUGUUUCCAAAAAUGGUGGCUCGAGAACUAAGAGUUCCGGAAAAGAAGAGGGAAAGUUUGAUGCCAACACUGAGAUUACUCUUCCUAGUGAUUGCCUUGGAGAUUUGGAUGGAUUUUCUUCUUCAAGUAGCAGAACACAGUAUGAAUCAUGCUGUGAUAGUGACAAAGAUGAAGCUUGCGCCACUGUUUUGUUGCAGAAUGAAGAUGAAGCCUCGCUUGCAGUAGAAGGCACUUCUCAAGUUCCAAAUCUCUGCAAUAUGAAAGAAGAGACAAAGAUAGCACUGCUCAAUGGGGAAUCAUCAGAGAAGAAGAAGACGCAAUCUAAGCAACACACCUCAAUUUCAGUACUAGAAGAUAGACCUUCUCAUGCAGUACCCAACAAGGUCAUGGAAAACUCCAUGUUAUCAGCUUCUCUUUGGGAACUACUUUUCCAGCCACCAUUGGAGAGGCCAAGAGAUACUUUUGGAGUUCCAGAAAUGCUAGAGCCGGUAAUCAGAUCGAAUUCUUCUCCACACAAAUCGAAAAGGAUGUUGCAGCAGACAAGGCAGCUUCUUUUCGAUUGUGUGAGAGAGGUGACAGAAUCCCAUGCAAAGCAAAUGAAAGAGGAGCAGAACAGCACAAAGUUUUUGGGGGCGGAAGAACUGGGAAAGCUGAUUUCUGAGAAAUUAAGGAUUUGGGAUAGACAGGCUGGGGAUGAAACCAACAUCCACUUUUUGUUGGAUUCAGAUAUCCUGAGUUCAGCUGAAGAAUGGAAUUGUAAUGAACAACAAGAGAGAGAGAUUUGCUGCGAAAUUGGGGACGCCAUUUUAGAAGAGAUCAUCAAAGAAACUGUUGCUCUACUUCUGAUCUCGCUUUAAUUUCCAAUUUCAAUAGUUUACUGAGUUUGCACCCGCCAAAUUUGGCAAAUUUUUUCAGCACAAAUUGGGGAACAAAUUUAUUGGCUAUAGCAUAUUAUGUUUUCCUCAUACAACAUCAUCUACCCUUUGGUU